CAGCCCUUUGAUUAAAUGGACUGGUCACCGCUGAGCCAGAAAGCUGGCGGGACGGGACGUUUGUCCUCCUUGGGCGUGACUCGCAACGGCGGAAGUCUACGCUUCGUGCCGCGCCGAGGAGGCGGAAGGGGCUCCGGCGGGCAGGAGGGGGGGAGGCGUGCAUUUUCAAGUUGGAGAUGAAGCCAGCCAAGGCGGCCCGCACUCGCAAAGGCGACGACGGCAAAGGAUAUGAAAAACUUCCUAUUGCCAAGUCAAAUGAAGACUAUGUUGUGGGGCAAGUAGCCAACAGUUUGUUUCAAAAUAAGCCCACGGCAUGUGGUACAGGGCCCCUGGUCCAUCUCUUCAGUGCUCCUGUGGCAGAAACACAGCCAGUGUAUAUUCCAGUACCAAGAGAAAGUAAGAAACGCAAGCAUAUAGAAGAGGAAGUAGCAAUAGAUGUUCACAGUACAUCUCCUAAAACAGAGUCUUUGAAAAAACUGAAGAAAGCAAACAGAAAAGAUCUCUCUCUAGGAGAGGAAAGGGUGGUAAAAAGGGAAUAUGCUUUGGAACAAGCUGAUGAAGAGGAGGAGGAAAAAGAAGCGCAGAUCAAACAGAAGUUGAAGAACAGACAUUCUCAGUUGAUUGCUAAGUGCCUUUCAGCUUCAGAUGAAGAUGCUGGAGUAAAGCAAAAGAAGAAACAAGUCAACCCCGUGGAGGAAGCGCUUAAGAAUAAGAGGACUCUUUUUGUGGGGAAUUUACCUGUUAGUUGUACAGCACAGAUGCUGAAGACCUUUUUCAAAGAAUACGGACAAAUAGAAUCCAUUCGUUUUCGCUCUUUGAUUCCAGCAGAGGAUUCUCUGUCCAAAAAAUUGGCAGCCAUAAAGCGAAAAGUGCAUCCUAAUAUGAAGUAUGUCAAUGCUUAUGUUGUUUUCAAGGAGGAGUAUGCAGCUAAUAAUGCCUUAAAACGUAAUGGAACAGAAUUUGUCAGUGGAUUCCACAUAAGAGUUGACCUUGCUUCAAAAUCUACUUGUCAUGAUAACAAGAGAUCUAUAUUUGUAGGAAAUCUCCCUUAUGAUAUUGAUGAUGAUACUGUAAGAAACCAUUUUUCUGAUUGUGGUGAUGUAACAGGUGUACGAAUUGUGAGAGAUCGGAACACGGGCAUUGGCAAAGGGUUUGGCUAUGUGCUGUUUGAGACUACAGAUGCAGUACACCUUGCACUAAAACUAAACAACUCUGAACUGAAAGGAAGAAAGCUAAGAGUGCAACGCUGUGUUGAGAAACUGAAAAUGCAAGAGAAAAGCUCGGACAAGAAUGUAAAAAAGCUUAUAGGACAUAAAUAUGCAAAGGCUUUUUCAGUGAAAAAUGAAAAACGAUUUUCCAGUAGUUCUUUUGCUGGUGAAAAAGCAGUCCCAAUGAAAAAGAGCAAAAAUUCAAAAUCAAAAAACAACACAAGGAAGAAACAGAGAAAUCCAAAAUGAAAUGUUUACACUAUACAUUUUGAACUUGUUUUUAAAUAAAUUUUAUUUCACAAACA